AAUUAAUCACUUCCAUUUUUAAAAUCCAAUUAAGAACAAGUAAUAAUCAAUUACAAUCCUAAUUAAAUCCCCAAUUCACAAAAUCAAUGAAAAAUAAAAAAUAAUAAUGGGAAAAAAGGUAAGUAUUAACUGGACAUAAAAAUUGGAAAAUAGUAAGAAAAAUGAUGAAAAGAAGAUUUUGAAAGAGAAGGGUAUAAAAUAAAACACACACAAAAUCUGAUUCCUGCGUUACUUUUUUCCCUCUCUCUCUCUCCUCUCUCUCUCUCUCUCUCUAUUCUCUCUCUCCGUAAUUAUUUCACACAAUCUCUUUGUUUCAGUUCACGAUUUUAAUUACUGAGGAAGUUUGUCUCUCUCUCUCUGCGCAUCAGUUUCAUGCAUUUACUCAAGGGUUAAAUACUUUACCCACGUUUUUUUCUCGGCUCUGUUAUUAAAUUCACUUUCGCAGAGAAAAAAAAAAUUCGUCGCCAAUUCUCGAAGAUUAUUUUCUGGGUUUUGUUUCAUUUCGAAUUUGAAGGGAUUAAUUAAUUGGGCUAAUGAAUAGCAGCAGCUAAUUAGAAGUAUGAACAUGGAUUCCGAUAUGGUGUACAGAAAGGGUACCGUGGUCCGUAGCACACUGGCUAAAAAGCCGAACGAAACUAUGAGGGUGUUUAUUACAAUCUGUGUCGGAAUAAUGUUUGGAUUCUUCAUUGGAGUGUCGUUUCCAUCCCUCCCGUUUACAAAGCUAAAUAUUACUUCUGCUCUUCUUCGUGAUUUUGUGAUAAUCGGGAACAAAAGCGCAGCUCAGUUUACCGAUAAUAGUAGUAACAAAAGCUCUACCGCAAAUCAAACCGUGAUCGAUGUAUCGAAGAUUUGGGUUCAGUCGAAUCCAAAAGGUGCAGAAAGAUUGCCGCCAGGCAUUGUUGCAUCCGAAUCAGAUUUAUAUCUUCGAAGACUGUGGGGUAAACCUAGUGAGGAUUUGACGAGCAAACCGAAUUAUCUGGUGACAUUUACUGUUGGUUAUGAUCAAAGAAACAACAUCGACGCUGCCGUGAAAAAGUUUUCAGGGAAUUUUACAAUUCUUCUGUUCCAUUACGACGGAAGAACAUCGGAAUGGGACGAGUUCGAGUGGUCGAAACGAGCUAUUCAUGUUAGCGCAAUCAAACAAACAAAAUGGUGGUAUGCGAAAAGGUUUCUGCACCCGGACAUUGUUGCCCCUUACGACUACAUAUUUAUCUGGGACGAAGACCUUGGAGUCGAGCAUUUUGACGCAGAAGAAUAUAUAAAGCUUGUGAGGAAGUAUGGUUUGGAAAUUUCACAGCCUGGUUUGGACCCCUCUAGAGGAACUACUUGGGAGAUGACAAAGAGAAGAAACGAUCGCGAUGUUCACAUGGAAACGGAAGAGAGGCCGGGAUGGUGCUCCGACCCACAUUUGCCCCCGUGUGCUGCGUUUGUCGAAAUCAUGGCUCCUGUGUUUUCUCGAGAUGCAUGGCGCUGCGUGUGGCAUAUGAUUCAGAAUGACUUGAUACAUGGAUGGGGUCUCGACUUAGCCCUCCAGAAAUGCGUCGAGCCUGCUCAUGAACGAAUCGGAGUGGUAGAUGCUCAAUGGAUUGUUCAUCAAACGGUUCCAUCACUCGGAAAUCAGGGGAAAUCAGAAAACGGAGAGGCUCCAUGGCAAGGGGUGAGACAGAGGUGUAGAAGAGAGUGGGAACUUUUCAGGGUUCGAAUGGAGGAUGCCGAAAAAUCUUAUUACAAAUCCAUCGGAAUCGAUCCUUCCAAUUUCACAGUUCACCAUAGAUAGAAGAUUUUUAGGAUCAGAUGAGAUUAUAUAUAAUAUCAUUUAAGUAGAAAAAAAAACCACAAUUCUUUUGCCUUAGGAUAGAAUUAUUGCUAACAUUUUUUUUUUCAAUUUAAUUAUUAUACUUUUAGCAAAAGGCAGUUUCUUUGAUUAAUAUCACAAUUUUUUUUGUCUCUGGUUUUGUUUAAACCCUAGUUUUGGAUUAUUAGAACUUGAAACUUCUC